AUGGCUCCUCCUGCUGAAAUUAGAAGAAAAUUAGUCAUCGUAGGUGAUGGUGCUUGUGGUAAAACUUGUUUGUUAAUUGUUUUCUCCAAGGGUACCUUCCCUGAAGUCUAUGUUCCAACGGUCUUUGAAAACUAUGUCGCUGACGUGGAAGUCGAUGGAAGAAGAGUUGAAUUGGCUCUCUGGGAUACCGCUGGUCAAGAAGAUUAUGAUAGAUUAAGACCUUUGUCUUAUCCUGAUUCAAACGUCAUCUUAAUUUGUUUUGCUAUCGAUCUACCUGAUUCAUUAGAUAACGUUCAAGAAAAAUGGAUCUCUGAAGUUUUGCACUUCUGUCCUGGUGUACCAAUUAUCCUCGUUGGUUGUAAAGUUGAUUUAAGAAAUGAUCCAAAGACUAUUGAAACUUUGAGACAAACUUCCCAACAACCUGUCUCAACUGCUGAAGGCCAAGCUGUUGCUGAUAAAAUUGGUGCUCUUAAAUAUAUUGAAUGUUCCGCUAGAACAAGCAAUGGUGUUCGUGAAGUUUUUGAAAAUGCCACUAGAGCUUCUCUAAUGGCAAAGGAAAAACCUGCUAAGAAGAAGAAAUGUAUUGUUUUAUAA